CGGAUUGUUUGAAAUACAAAGAACGUAGAUUGCAACCGGCCCAAGUCGCAUAUCGCCUGAUAGAGCAUUUUAUACGCAUAUUUACAUAGGUAAAGUGUGUGUUGACGCUGUACCAUCCAUAGCUAUGUUGCGCAGCAUGAGACGAAUAUCGAUCGUGUGAUUUUUCGUUCGGCUGACGGAAGAACUGCUCAAAUCACUAUCAAAAACUAUUUUUGUAAGUCGAGGAACACCGCUUCGAUAAGCCUUCCUUACGGCAACGUGAACGCUCAACGGGUAAGAAAGAAAAAAACGAUUGUAGUCGGUGAUAAGCUAUCGUGGUUCGAUUCCUGUGGGAUUAUUUGCAUUGUGAAGAUUGGUGUGAAAUUGUGUUUCUGAAGUUGCCCGUCAGUCGAAUUCGAUCGAACAUGUCGCUUUCCAGCCUGUACAAACGUGCCCUGGUCAAGUAUCCCGUGUUGGUCCAGUCGGUGCAAUCCGGCAUUCUGAUGGGAUCAGGUGACAUUAUCGCGCAGACUCUGAUUGAGAAGCGGAAUUUGAAAACCUUAGAUGGGAUGCGGGCAUUCCGAUUCUUUGGCAUCGGAUUUUGCAUUGGCGGGCCUGGCCUUCGCAAAUGGUACGGAGUGUUGGAUAAGCACAUAACGGGCAAAACUAAGGCAGUGGCCACCUUCAAGAAGGUGGCCCUCGAUCAGUUGGUCUUCGCGCCGGUCUUCCUGGGAACACUCAUCGGUACAAUUGGGCUGCUGCAAGGAAACAACAGAGAACAAAUCGAGCGCAAGCUCAAAAACGAGUACACAGACAUACUGUUGACGAACUACUACAUCUGGCCGUGGGUUCAGUUGACUAACUUUUAUCUGGUGCCAUUGAAUUACCAAGUCUUGUUGGUACAGUUUGUGGCCGUGUUUUGGAAUACGUACCUUUCGUGGAAGACAAACUGUAACGACUCGUCGAAGGUGUUGGCCAUCAAGCCGUCGGAUGCGGUCGUGACGGAGGAAACGAAGGAGAAUGCCUUCUAGGAAGGGUUGACCUGUGCCUGGCACGAUCGGUGCCAACGGACGGAACUGGAACAUUCGGAUGUGAUAUUUAAGCUCGGUUAUAGAUGUAGUAGAACAAUAAACCAAUUGUUUGAUAAAUAGUAGUCCAAUUCAAUUUCUCUCGUUGAGGUGGGCAGUAUGAGAAUUAAAAUUUUAAGAAAUAAAGAGAAAGAGCACGGCUCAAA